GAAUCAUCCGGAGACCCAUAAGUAUUUUGCAAAUGGUAAUGACAUGGAAAGCGAAGCAACCUUUAUUCGGGCCAGUAGAUGACCCAAAUAAAUAUUCUGCAAAACCUACUGGCUGGAAAUUCUUUCUUGCCUCUAUCAAAGUCAAUUGGGAAAGAUGAGACAAGUGUGCCAUAGGAGAGAGGGAGGAGGGAUAAUCAUGGAAGAGGAGACUUCAAUCAAAAAGAGAGGAGGAUUUGCCGAUGACUGUGACUUGGUUGCUUCCAUGUUUUCUUGGUCUCUCGAGGACAUUUGCAAUGAAAAUCUCUUCGAGGUGAAAGUGAUUCCCAAAUUGUUUGAAUCGGUUGAUCAUUAUUUUCGGUCAUAUGUAUGUCCAUUAUUGGAAGAAACAAGAGCACGACUGCAUUCAAGUAUAGAAAUUAUUUACAGGGCACCAACUGCUGAAGUGCUUGCUCUAACUCCGUGUAGACAUGAUGAAACAUUACUUUAUGAUGUUGAAAUUGAUUACUGGAGAAACAGAUACAAUGAUCGUGGCAAGGAGCCUUACAAAACAUUGCCUGGAGAUGUUGUUAUUCUUGCAGAUGCCAAACCUGAAGACGUCUCUGAUUUGCAAAGGGAGGGAAGGACAUGGACUUUAGCACUGGUCACCCAGAUCCCAGAGGAUCCAGAGGAUGAGACUGAGGAUCCUAGUAGAGAUCCGGAGGAUGAGACAGAUGAUGCUGGUACAGAUCCAGAGGAUGAGACAGAGGAUGCUAGUACAUCCACUACCUCUUUUAAAAUCAAGCCAUCAAAAGACAUUGAAAUUAAUGCUGAAAUGCAGAAAUCACUUGUUGUGAUUUUCUUGACAAAUAUAACUACUAACAGAAGAAUCUGGAAUAGAUUGCACAAAUUUCGAAAUCUGGAUGUCAUCAAGGAAGUCGCCGAUUCCAUGGUUCAGGAAAAUUGCAGCCUCUGUUCUAUGCAUAGCGGUGGAGCCUGGCAUGAGAGUGUUGUUAGGAAUUUAUCAUCUACAUUGAAUGAAUCCCAAACUAAGGCCAUUUUGACUUGUCUUCGUAAAAUUCAGUGCAAUCACAGUUGCGCAGUGGAACUUAUUUGGGGUCCACCAGGGACAGGGAAAACUAAGACAGUUAGUAUGCUGCUCUUUACCCUCUUAAGGAUGAAGCGUAGGAUCCUGAUUUGCGCGCCAACCAAUGUCGCCAUAAAAGAAGUGGCUUCCAGAGUCCGGAAGCUAGUGAUUGAAUCUUCCGAAAUAGGCUCAGGAACUGAUGCUUUGUUUUGUUCUUUGAGUGAUAUUCUGUUAUUUGGGAAUAAGGACAGGCUCAAAGUUAACUCAGAGAUUGAAGACAUAUCUUUGGAUUAUCGUGUUAAAAGGCUUAGAAAGUGCUUUGCAGCUUUGACUGCUAAAAGGUCGUGUUUCACUUCAACAAUAGACUUUUUUGAAGAUUGCGUUUGUCAGUAUUAUAAUUUCUUGGAAAAAGAAUUGAUCAAAGAGCAGGAGCGUGAUCAGGAAAAUGAAAACACAGAGAAAAAUUGCAGCAGUGAAGCUGUUGUUUGCAGUGGGAAGCAUAAAUCAUUUCUUGAAUUUAUGAGAGAGCAAUUCCGCUUCAAUAUAUUACAACUGAAAAGAUGUGCCUUUACUUUAUGCUCUCAUACACCUGAAAGCUAUAUCCUGAAACAUGAUAUUCAAAAUAUGAUAUCCCUUGUUGGGUUACUUGGUUCUUUUGAAACUUUGCUCUUCCGUGAUGAUGUAAUCUCUGAAGAACUUGAGAAGCUUUUUUCACGUCCAGAGUUAGCUGGGGAUUCUUUUGAAGUUUUUGCAGAUAUUUCGUUGCUAUUAUUCUCACAGAGAAGCAAGUGCCUUUCUAUUUUAAAGAAUCUCCGUACUUCUCUAAGUGGAUUUGAUUUUAAAAGUUCUAUGAGCAGGCGUUCAAUGGAAAAUUUCUGUUUUCAAAAUGCUUCCUUGAUUUUCUGCACGGCAUCUAGUUCAUAUAAGCUGUAUUCAUUGAAAAUGGAACCAAUGAAUUUGUUGGUCAUUGAUGAAGCAGCCCAAUUAAAAGAGUGUGAAUCAACAAUACCCUUACAGCUUCCUGGAAUUAGGCAUGCCAUUCUUAUUGGCGAUGAAUGCCAGUUACCAGCUACUGUGGAAAGCAAUCUUUCUGAUGAAGCUGGCUUUGGAAGAAGUUUAUUUGAAAGGUUGAGCUCGUUAGGUCAUCCAAAACACCUUUUAAAUAUGCAGUACAGGAUGCAUCCAUCGAUCAGUACCUUCCCAAACAAAAACUUUUACUCUAAUCUUAUAAUAGAUGCGCCAAAUGUUAGGAGUAAAAGUUAUGAAAAGCAUUAUCUUCCAGGCUCAAUGUUUGGCCCCUAUUCAUUCAUAAAUGUAACUGGUGGAAGAGAAGAGGUGGAUGAUGUUGGACAUAGCUGGAGAAAUAUGGUGGAGGUAGCUAUUGUGUUAAAAUUAGUGCACUGUCUGUAUAAAGAAUGGAGUGGCUCAAAACAAAAUAUCAACAUUGGUGUCAUAUCUCCAUAUGCUGCUCAAGUAGUUGCAAUUCAAGAGAAACUUGGUCAUAAAUACAAAAAAGUUAAUGGAUUUUCAGUGAAAGUCCAAUCAAUAGAUGGGUUCCAAGGUGGUGAGGAAGAUGUUGUCAUAAUAUCAACUGUGAGAUCAAACAGUGAUGGAUUUAUUGGAUUUAUGUCUAACCGACAGAGAAUUAAUGUUUCUCUUACCAGGGCUAGGCACUGCCUCUGGAUUUUAGGGAAUGAAAGAACUCUAGCUAGAAGUGGAUCUGUUUGGGAGGAGCUAGUUUCUAAUGCAAAACAGCGUCAAUGUUUCUUUAAUGCUGAUGAAAACAAGGAAUUGGCCAAAGCCAUUUUAGAAGUCAAGAAAGAGUUUGAUCAACUUGAUGAUUUGCUUAAUGGAAAUAGCCCACUUUUCAAGUGUGCUAGGUGGAAGGUUCUUUUUAGUGAAAAUUUUAGAAAAUCAUUUUCAAAGCUGACAUCAGUCCGGACAAAGAAAUUUGUUUUGAACCUUCUGCUAAGACUUUCUAGUGGUUGGCGUCCUAAGAAAAAAAAUGUGGAUUCAGUUUGUGAAAAAAGUUCUCAAAUCUUGAAGCAGUUCAAGGUUGAAGGACUCUAUGUACUCUGUUCAAUUGAUAUAGUGAAAGAAGAAGUAAAGUACAUUCAAGUCUUGAAGGUUUGGGAUGUUUUACCACUGGAAGAUAUUCCAAGAUUUGUUAAAUGUCUCGAUGGAAUCUUUGAAAGGCAGACUGAUGACUUUAUUAGUCGAUGCAAUGAGAAAAGUCUAAAGGGGAAUUUGGAAGCUCCCAAAAAUUGGUCAACCUCUUUUGAGAUUGUCCGUUAUAAGAAUCUUAGCAACAGUGAAUCCAGGAGCGAUUCAAAUUUUGGUGCUUCUGAUGCUACAUGCUAUGUGGAGAACUGCAAAGUGAGUGAGAGUCUGCUACUAAUGAAAUUCUACUCCUUGUCAUCUGGCAUUGUGAAGCACUUACUUUCUGACCAUGAUGGUAGAGAAAUAGAACUCCCUUUUGAAGUAACAGUUGAAGAGCGAGAUAUGAUUGCAUUCCAAAGAAGUAUGUUUAUUCUAGGACGGUCUGGCACUGGGAAAACAACUGUCCUAACUAUGAAGUUGUUUCAGAAAGAGCAACAAUCCCGUAUGGCAACUGAAGGAAUUGGUGAAGGCAUUGGCAAUACCUCAAAGGAUGCCUGUUGUAGAAACAAUGUGGAAAAUGAUGUAAAAAAAGUGGAGGACAGUGUUGGAGAGGCUAAGAAGAUUGCCUUGCGCCAGCUUUUUGUGACUGUCAAUCCUAAACUUUGUUAUGCUAUAAAACAUCAUAUUUCUCAUUUAAAAAGCUUUGCAUCUGGGGGAAAAUAUUUGGUAGAAAGCAGUUCAGUCGGUAUUGAAGAUAUUGAUGAGAUAGCACAGUUCGAGGAUGCCCCAUAUUCUUUUGUUGACAUUCCUUCCAGCUCAUACCCUCUUAUUAUAUCUUUCUAUAAGUUUUUGAUGAUGCUUGAUGGGACAAUAGGCAAUUCAUAUUUUGAAAGAUUCCCUGAUGUGAGGCAGAUUUUGCAUGCAGAAAAGAGAAAUUUGAAAUCCAUUUCCAUUCAAACUUUUAUAACUACAAGGGAGGUUAACUAUGAUAAGUUUUGUUCAAUUUAUUGGCCACAUUUCAAUACACACAUAACAAAAAUGCUUGACUCUUCUAUAGCCUUUACUGAGAUUAUGUCACAUAUAAAAUGUGGCUUGCAAUCAGGGGAAUUUAGUGAUGGUAGACUUGCACGAAAGGAUUAUGUUACUCUCUCCGAGGUUCGGUUAUCAACUUUAAGUAGGGAGAAGAGAGAGAUGAUAUACGACAUCUAUGAAGAUUAUGAAAAGAUGAAGAUAGCCUAUGGUGAUUUUGAUAUGGCAGAUUUUGUUAUUGAUCUUCAUCUUAGGCUUAAAAAUGUUAAAUAUGAAGGUGACAUUAUGGAUUUUGUCUAUAUUGAUGAAGUCCAAGAUCUUACAAUGAGGCAGAUUGCUCUUUUCAAGUACAUUUGUAGGAAUGUGAGUGAGGGCUUUGUUUUUUCGGGUGACACAGCACAAACCAUAGCUAGGGGCAUUGAUUUUAGGUUUGAAGAAAUAAGAAAUCUAUUCUACAAUGAGUUUCUUCUAGGAUCAAGUAGUGAAGGAUAUGAUGGAAGAAAGGAGAAAGGUCGGAUUUCUAAAAUAUUUCAUUUGAGCCAAAACUUUCGUACCCAUGCUGGUAUUCUCAAGUUAGCUCAGAGCGUUAUUGACCUCCUUUACCGCUUUUUCCCUUCGUUUGUUGAUAUUUUAAGCCCUGAAACUAGUCUUAUAUUUGGGGAAGCCCCAAUUUGGCUUGAGGCAAGAAAUGAUGAAAAUGCAAUUGUUAAUAUAUUUGGGAAGAAUGGGAAUGGACAAACCAAUUUUGUUGGUUUUGGGGCAGAGCAGGUCAUAUUAGUUCGUGAUGAUUCAGCUAGGAAAGAAGUUUAUAACUACGUUGGGAAACAAGCCCUCGUGUUGACUAUAAUGGAGUGCAAAGGCCUGGAGUUUCAGGAUGUACUAUUGUACAACUUUUUUGGCUCAUCGCCUCUGAAAAAUAAAUGGAGAGUCAUCUAUGAAUACAUGAAAGAACAAAACUUACUUGAUGAGUCCUUUCCUACUUUCAAUCCAGCAAAACACAUUGUUUUAUGCUCUGAGUUAAAGCAGUUAUAUGUCGCUAUCACACGUACGAGACAAAGAUUGUGGAUUUGCGAGAACAUAGAGGAGUUAUCCAAACCAAUGUUUGAUUACUGGAAGAAUAAGGACCUUGUUCAAGUAAGAAAACUAGAUGACUCUUUUGCACUAGCAAUGCAAGUUGCUAGCAGUCCAGAAGAGUGGACGUCAAGGGGUUACAAGCUUCUAAAUGAGGGUAAUUAUGAGAUGGCAACAAUGUGUUUCGAAAGAGCAGGAGAUAUAUAUGGUGAAAAAGUGGCCAAGGCUGCUGGGCUUAAGGCAACUGCCGACAGAGUGCAUCGCUCAAAUCCUGAAAAGGCUUCUAUCACCCGUAGGCAGGCUGCUGAAAUUUAUGAAUCAAUUGGCAAAGCUGAGCAUGCUGCAGAAUGCUUUUAUAUGUUAAGAGAGUAUAAACGAGCAGGUCAAAACUAUUUGCAAUGUGGGGAAUCUGCUAGAGAAAGAGCUGGAGAAUGUUUCUGUCUUGCUGGAUGUUAUAAGCUUGCAGCAGAAGUAUAUGCUAGGGGCUUCCAUUUCUCAGAGUUCUUGUCUGCAUGUACCAAGGGAGAACUCUUUGACAUGGGCUUGCAAUAUAUUCAGUGCUGGAAACAGGAAGCGACUGCAAAUAAAUAUAGGAGCAGAGAAAUGGACAAAACCGAGAAAGAGUUUCUGGAGAACUGUGCUUUUCAUUAUCACAAGCUAAAUGAUAAUAGAGCCAUGAUGAGAUAUGUUAGAGCGUUUAAUUCCAUGGAUGCAAUUCGAACUUUCUUGAAUGCUUUAGGAUGCUUUGAUGAGCUUUUGUCACUGGAAGAAGAGUUUGGUAACUUCCUGGAGGCAGCAAAGAUUGCAAAGCUGAAAGGUGAACUUCUAGUUGAGGCUGAUCUAUUUGGAAAGGCUGGACACUUUAAGCAGUCGGCAAUGCUUAUUCUAUGGUAUGUGUUUGCUAACUCUCUGUGGUCAUCUGGGAGCAAAGGCUGGCCUUUAAAGCAGUUUCCACAGAAGGAGGAGCUUUUGGAAAAUGCAAAGUCAUUUGCAAAGAAUGAAUCGAACCAAUUUUUCGAGCUUGUGUGUUUGGAGGCUGAAAUUUUGUUGCAUGACCAAAGUAACUUGUUCAUUAUGAAACAGCAUCUAAAUUCUUCUCAGAGACAUAACAGUAUAAAAGGUGAGAUCUUAUCAGCUCGAAAGAUUCUUGAUGCCCAUUUUCAUCUAAAUAGCUCAGAGUAUGUGUGGGAAAAUGAUUUGGUUCUUGAUCUGGCAAGCUUUUUGGAUGAGAAGCUAUCAAAAAAUGAGGUUUCAAUUGAAACUCUGAUUUACUCUUGGUCAUUUUGGAAGGAUAAGAUUGUUAACAUAUUUGAGUGUCUUGGAUGUCUUGAAACUCAAGAUGUUAGUGAAUAUGGAAGUUAUGGAGAAUUCUGCUUGAACUACUUGGGAGUGCAAAGGCACUUUAAUAAUCUAAGUCCCACUUUUGUUCUUAUAAACUCUGAUGCUGAUUGGGUGAGAGAAGUAGACUAUAGAUAUAUAAAAAGGAAUGGGAAGAGGAAUGGGAAGCUCAUUUCUUUAGAUGUUCACCAUUUUGUCUCUGCUUCUCAGAAUUAUUGGUCUUCUGAGUUAAUAUCUGUUGGCAUGAAGGUUUUGACCAAUCUUGAAUCUCUUUAUGAAUUCUCAAUUAAGAAUUCAUUUUCUCUCUUCUGCCAAAGCAGGUCCCUUGCUUAUAUCUUUGAGAUUUCCAAAUUUCUUUUGAAUUCCAAGUUUCUGGUCAGAUGUCACAGUGAUAACAAGGAGUUGCAGAAAUUUGUAGGAAUGUCGACUAGACAUUUCUUUAGCUACAUAUAUCCUCUGGACUGGAGAGAAUCACUGAAACGGAAUAUGGUUUCUUUCAGGAGAACUGAGACUUGUAGUAAUCUCUUAAGAGAAAUGAUUUUCGAAAAUGUCCACUUGAAGAAUAACUUGUCUUAUGGGAAACUGGGAAGAAUAGCAUUAAUAAUUCUUGGGUCUGGUAAGCUCUAUAAUGGACUACAUGCGAAAAUCAUGGAUGGUUUAAAAUGGAAUUCAUCUUGGAAUGAUUUGAUUGAGGACCUUUGUAGGAAUGCAGCAAUGGAAAAUUUAGCCGGCAAUAACAUAGGACCAGGAGAGCUAUCUCUCAAGAGGAUGCUGCAUGGAGCUUUGAUAGAUGCUUAUAAUGCCAACUGGGAAAAAGAAGAAGACUACAUCUCACCUGUUUGUUUCUUAUACCUUGUUGAGCGCCAACUGAUUCUGUUAUCUUGCUCCCAGGGGUACUUUCUUGCCACUAAAUCUUCUUUUGUUGAAUGGCUUAUCUACAAGGAUGGAAAUGGCAGCCAAACUUCUAGAUUAGGGGAACAAGCACCACAGUAUACAAAAAUCAUGCUAAAAGCGAUGGUUGAAAUUGUUCAUCAGUUUCUUUAUGACAAGAAAGGUACCAUGGAAUGGAUCAGAAAAUGUCGUGAAAAUGUGAAGGAUGCAUAUGCGGUUGUGGUGUUGAGGUUGGUUGUUAUAAUAUGUUUGCUUUAUUUGAACUUUGGAAUUUGCGGAAACACACUUCAUGACUUGCUGGGAAGGAACUACAUCACCGAACAACUGCCAAGGGAUUUUUAUGAUGCCCUUUGGAAAAGAAGGAAGCGUAAUUCUUUCUCUGUGGAUGUAAAUGUGUUAGCUGAAGCAUUUAACAAGAUGGGCAAUUCUCUAGUGAUUGUAAGUUUGGGUAAAAAUUAUUCAAAAAAUAUUUGUCCAGAUGCCAUUUUUGUGGACAUGAAGGCCAAUCAAAGAAUGGAGGAUAGAUUAAGAGAACUAUUUCCAAGGAUUGAUGAAGCUGCUCAAGAUCACACAGUAGCAGUUGAACUGGACACUAGCAGUUCACGUGAAGGAAUAGAUCCUCCAGACACUUGUGAUCAAAGGAAAGGAUCCCAACUCCCAUCUUCAAUCAUCAGUCUUACCACAGAUGGGAACACAAGCAUUAAAGAAAAAUGUAAGGGUAGACUUCCUUUGAUCCCUGGCCAGCUUUGGGAACUACUUGAAACUUUAAAAUCAAGGACUCAUGGAGCAGAUGAAAGGAGCCUCGUUGUAAAUGAUUCAACAGUGAAGGUAGAUAUAAAGAAAACCAUUCAAAUUCUAAGUACUGAAAUUGAAGGAAUCUUUCAGAAGAGCCCUCCUGAAUAUGAAAAUAGAAGUCUAUUUGGAGAAGCUGCAAAAUGCUUGAUGAAUUGAAGCAACUUCAUGCUGCAUUAGAUGCGAGUGAGGUGAAGCUUCGGAAUGAUAACUCAACAAUUGGAGAGCUUUUAAACAAGUUGCAGUCAAGAAAGCCACGAAUGGAAACUUUGCUGAAUCACAUAUUCGCACAGAAGGAUAAAAGCUUUGGAUCAGAUGGAUGGGAUGAGGAAUAUAGGGACAACAAGUCCAUGGAAUGUUUGCUGAAUCACAUAUUUGCACAGAUGGAUAAAAGCUUUGGAUCAGAUAGAUGGGAUGAGGAAUAUGAUGACAACAACUCCAAAGAAGGUUGCUAUUUUGUUAGGGGCAAUAUGGAUGCUUGGCAGGCUAAUGUUGCUUCUGGAAGUCCGUGGAGCAAUCACAACAUAGAUAAAAAGGGAAAGGGAAGUGGCAAGUCCAAGAAAAACCCCAAAGGAAAAGCAGGACAAAAACGCAAGUAGACAUGAACAGCUUUAACCGUGCAGUGCAAUUGAUACAAAAUCCAUUAACUUCCUUUGUUUUCCCCUCAGGUAUGCAUAUGUAGCUUGUGAGAAUAUAAGGACCUUUUGUUACAAUAUAAGGACCUUUUGUUACUAAUCCCAUAAUUUCCACUGUUUAUAUCUCAUCCUUGAAAGACAGAAGUUCCAAGUGUCCUCUUAAAAAUCGGAUUGUUUGGCUUUUA